GUUUUAGGGGGUUCGGGUAAGAGUUAGGGCUAUCGAUUAGCACUACGGUAGCAUUUUUCGACAAGGCAGCAUAUAUCGACAGAACACCGCCCCUUUGCCGGUGUGACAAUGAAAACUAUCCGUAGUAUUUAAGACUUUGCAAAUGGGACCGUUAGGUCGGUUUUCAUUAGGAUACAGUGGGUAAAACUAUACCUUUCAUAUUAGUGAUAUAUGAUAUAAAAUAAAUCAUACCGGCAGAUAUGCUAAUUAACUAAAUCAGCUGGUUUACUGCUUGGUGUGUGACGUGGGGAGGCAUAGCGGCUCCCUGCGGGAGAGAGUACAUCAUAAGGGUGUUAUGUCUGCUGCGGCCAUGGAGGACGAAAAUUAACGCAAAUCUUCCUUCUUGGUCAACACAUGCGCAGUCCCCAGACCAAGGAACACACGGCGAUAUUUCAUGAACGGACGGGGACAUGGCGUUGCUGUCGGGGAAUAUUUCCAUGAGAUAACCGGGACGUGGGGAGGAUCAUCGUCUCAGGUGGGAAAAGACGAGCCGUGCGGGGAAGCCGAAGGUCCGCUGUAUACUCGGACCUAAACGCUCGCACUAAGGGAAAUAUGCGGAAACAGUAAGCGCCGCUGCGCUGUGUGUGUGAGAAUGGAUGUCCCAGCCGUUACUCACGGAUAUGAAAAUGGCUGGCAGGGUUAUGCGGGGUGGCCCGAAGGUGCCCAUUUAACCAGUACACCAGGGGCAUUUCCCAGCAGCCCCCCAGCUGAGUUUCACGCUCAGUACCAGGGUCUUCACAAUGGCCCAGUUGGUGCUGCUCCUGAAGUCCCUCCACCUUUCUGUGGGACCGGGCGGACUGCACUGCCGUCUGUGCGGAGCCAGCGGCAGCCUGCCUGGGCUCCCUCACCGCCCUGCAUCAAUGGUUUGUUUAAUGGGCUUCACCUUGACUCCUCAAACUACAGUCAUUUACCAGCAGGAGGCUGCCCUUACCUGGUACAGAUUAUGCAGGAUGACAAGGCCGAGUGGGAGGGGAAGGUGUUUGCGUCUGAGCCCACCGGCCCCCUCCCCCCACUGGCCACCACCGACUGCUUGAUGGAGGACAGAGGGAGUGCCAGCCCCCACUUCAUCCGCUGCACCUCCUACGCAUUCCCCAGCCAGGCUGCUGCUGCCCAGCAGAGUCACCUGCCCCUGGGUGCCAUAGUGGCCCCACUGGCCAGACUGAAGGAAACUGAGUGCCCUCUGCCAGUUUGUGUCGCCGCCAUGGACAAGGGGCACAUACCAGGCUGUGGUGUCUGUGGUGCUCACAUGUGUCCUUUCAUGGCCUGGCAAGACUGUGGGCAGAGGUUUUGCUGCCCCUUCUGCGGAAACCUUAAUGAAGUUCCGUGGCAGUCUUACCAGCCCACUGGCUGCCAGGGGAAGAGAGUGGACAGUGAGGAGAAUCCUGAACUAAGCUGGGGAUCGUACGAAGUCCUGGAGAUGCAGAAGGGUCAACCCCCAGGGCUCCUGCUGGCCGUGGACGUGUCGUCUGCUGCAGUCCGAGGAGGACAGCUGGAGCUUGUCUGCCAGCAGCUGCGCAUGCUCCUGGGCUUUCUCACCAGGGAUGAAGCUGGGGACCAGUCAGACCUAAGACUGGGCCUGAUGACCUAUGACAGGAAGGUCCACCUCUAUGACUUAAGCCCCGCCCUGUCUCGCCCUCAUAUGAUGGUCGUCAUGGAUACGGAGGAGCUGGAGCUGCCCGUGUGGGCGGGGCUUCUUGUACCACUAAGAGACUGCAGAGACAGCCUUGAUAGCGUUCUCCAGCAGGUCCCCCGCCUCGCCAUGGAAGCAGAGGACAACCCUGGGUCCCAGGAGCUGCCAAUCCGUGCAGCACUGCGGAUCUUCCAGGCACUGGGGUGUCCCGGGAAGCUGCUGGUCUUCCAUGCGGCGCCGCCAAGCGAUGUCACACUCACACGCGGGCCCUCAGGAUUCUUACGGUCCGCGAAACCCAAGUCCGUGUUCCAGCCGCCGGAUGCUUGCAUUUCAUUGGCUAAGGAGUGUGUCAGUCAAGGCUGCUCCGUGCACCUCUUCCUGUUCUCGCAGCAGGAUGUUGGCAGUGCAUGGCCAGGACACACCACGCAUUUCACAGGGGGAGGAUUCUUCCCUUAUAACGGCCUUCAGUCAGAGGUAGACAGGGAGCAGCUCAAUCGUGACCUGAGGAGGUGUGUGGAGACCAAUACGGCCUACAAAGCUCAGCUCAGAGUUUUUGUCAGCAAAGGCCUGCGUGUGUCUGGCUGUUACGGCGCGUUCAUACCGGGCCCUGAUCCCACCCACGUCUCCAUGACUGCCCUGGACGGGAGCACAGCUUUAGCCCUGGAAUUCAGUCACGACGGCCCGCUGGAUGACAGGAGGGGCGUGGUCAUACAGGCUGCUCUGUCAUACACUAACGCCAAGGGGGAGAGGAGGACGCAGAUCCACAGUCUGGGUGUGAACUGCUCAAACGACCUGCUGGACACCUUCCGUAGCUGCCAGGCUCAGACGCUGCUAACGUUCUACUGCAAGAAGAUGUAUGCCAGAGCUCUGGAGCGCCCCCCACAGGAGCUACGUGAGGAAUUGCAGGUGGAAGUGACCCGAGCGUUGGCCUGCUACCGGAAGCACUGCUGCUCCAGUGUGGUCACACAUGGUCAGCUGGUGCUGCCUCAGUUCCUGAAGGCCUUCCCAGUCUACCUGAACAGCCUGCGCAAGAGCGAGGUGCUGCUUCCCGGGCUGCGCAGCUCCAUCCCCCAGCGUCUGCAGCUGCGCAGCCGUCUGGUCAGCAUGGACGCCAGGAGUACGGCCCUGUACUUUUAUCCGCUGCUGCUGCAACUGCCAGUCCCUGCUGAGGAGUGUGCCGAUCUCGCUCCGGCCGAGCCCGUGCGCUGCAGUGCCAGCAGCCUGGACCCGGCGGGACUCUACCUGGCCCACGGGCCCCUGGUGCUGCUGCUGUGGGUGGGCCGCUGUGUGAGCCCCGGGGCCUUAAGACAGCUCUUCAACACCACCUCCUUCUCUCUGCUGCCCCCUGGUGAGGCUUGUCUACCUGUACUGGACACGCCCCUCUCUGUAUGCGUGAGGAGCCUCAUCGAGACGCUGCAGUCACACGCACCUUACUCACUCAAGCUGCUGGUGGCCAAACAGGGAGAAGUCAGUGAGGAGGUUAUCCAGCCCUUACUGGUGGAGGACAAGAGUCCGAACGGUGGGGCGUCCUACCCAGACUUCCUGUACCACCUGCACGUGAACUCAAUGCGCCUGCUGCUGUGAAAACACAACAGCUCCCUCCAGUGUUGAACAACCCCCAUGGUCUCUCCACCCUCUCCAAGAAUCAGCGUUCCUGCAUUUUGUCCCCUCCAUAUACGUGGUUUAAGAUGUGCUCAUUUUCAAAGCUGUCUAAUUUACCAGGAAGCACUGGAACAGUACAGUGUUGCCAAAUCUCAGUAUGUGGAAGGCAGGACAGUCAUGCAAGAACAAAGCAAUAAUUAAAUAUUUGCAUUUUUACCAAUUAUUUUUCUAACAUACAAGCCUUUGAAACUAAAUGUUGAUGUCAUUUCCACCUACAAAAUACUACUGUGUUCUACAUGGGAAAUCAGAAUGAUUUCUUGGUUCCCUCUUCAUACCAGCUGUUCUGCAUGUCCACAACGGAAUAAACCAACCAUCCGGAUGUCCCUUA